AUGUUCGCUGUGCCAGGCUGGUCCGUUUCCGCGGACGCACUCAAGCCCGAGACAGCAUCCGCCUCCGGGCCAUCAGGCGUGAAAUCCAAAAAGCGCAAAAGGAACAACGUCGAAUCGCAAAGCAUCACGUCUACCAAUGUAGCUGAUUUAUACGAAGCAGUUGUUGAGGGCAAAGGGAAGCUUCCCUCGAGCAACCAAGGAAGCAAGGACGACAACAAUUCGGCAAAGCGGGCAAAGAAGCAGAGCAUGACGACCAAAGCAGCCGCCCAAGAUGACCAACCCAAGAGCAGCAAAAAGGACAAGAAGACCAAGAACAAAAACAGGGACCAACACACAACAACCGCCAACGAUGCUCGGCUCCCCGAACCCUUGGACAAAACCUCGUCGACGAAACCCUCCAAACCAAACACCACCAGCACACCGUCCGCCGCCGCGCCCUCAAAACUAACCCCCCUCCAAGCCUCCAUGCGGGAAAAGCUGAUAUCCGCACGCUUCCGCCACCUCAACGAGACGCUGUACACGCGGCCGUCGGAAGAAUCAUUCACCCUCUUCCAGGACUCGCCCGAGAUGUUCACCGAGUACCACGAGGGCUUCCGUCGACAGGUCAAAGUGUGGCCCGAGAACCCCGUCGACAGCUUCCUGUCCGACAUUCGCAGCAGGGCGAGGGCCAAACCCCCGACCAAGGGGAGGCCGGGACCCCCGCCCUCCCAGCGGAACAAGAUGGCUCUCCCUCGGACCACGGGCACAUGCACCAUUGCGGAUCUGGGCUGCGGCGACGCCCGGCUCGCCGAGUCGCUGCAGGGCGACAGGUCGAAGCUGCGGCUGGACAUCAAGAGCUUCGAUUUGCAGUCGCCCAGUGCGCUGGUCACCCGGGCCGACAUUGCCAACCUGCCGCUGGAGGACGGGUCGGUCAACGUGGCCAUCUUCUGCCUGGCGCUGAUGGGCACCAACUGGAUCGACUUUGUCGAGGAGGCGUACCGCAUCCUCCACUGGAAGGGGGAGCUGUGGGUUGCCGAAAUCAAGUCCCGCUUCGGGCCUGCCCGCAAGAGUGCCGUGGUCGAGCACUCUGUUGGGAACCGCAAGAAGAACAGCGCGGCGCUUGGUAAAAAGGCCAAGGCGGCGAGGGACGCCGAGGCGGACGCUCUCCACGGAGAGGAUCUGGCUGUCGAGGUGGACGGGCUCGAGGAUAGACGCCGCGAGACCGACGUUACUGCGUUUAUCGAGGCGCUCAAGAAGAGAGGGUUCGUGCUACAGGGCGAAAGGGCAGAGGCAGUCGACCUGAGCAACAGGAUGUUUGUCAAGAUGCAUUUCAUAAAGGGCGCCUCGCCGACAAAGGGCAAAGGGGUCAAGGCCGAGGAUGCGUCCAAAAUGGGGGCCGCGCAUAAGAAGAGGAAGGGCUUUGCGCCAAAGUGGGAUGAUGACGAGCAUGCAGAAAACGCCGAGGACGAAGCGUCAAUUUUGAAGCCUUGCGUGUAUAAGAUUCGGUAG